AUGCAAUUCAAAUCUGUUAUUCUUGCUUUAGGUGCUGCUACCUUCGUCUCUGCUGCUACCAACUCUACUGGUGGUGGUGCUGUUGGCGGUUCUAACUCUACUGGCGGUGGUGCUGGUGGUUCCAACGGUACUGGUGGUGGUGCUGGUGGUUCCAACGGUACUGGCGGUGGUGCUGGUGGCUCUAAUGGAUCUGGCGGUGGCUCCGGUGGAUCUGGUGAAAGUGGUGCCUCUGCUAUUGGUGCCGGUGUUGUUGGUGCUGUUGCCGCAGCUGGUGUUGCUUUAUUAUUCUAA